AUGUCGCAAUAUGGCCAGGCUUACCAAGCCCAGAUGCAUCCACAUGCUGGCCAGCGGAGUGCAGCACCACCACACGCCGGAUAUGCGCAACAGCCGCAGCAACAGCAAUCUAUGCCACAGAUACAGAUGGGCGGUGGUGGUGCCUACCAGCAGCCCUACAAAGGCACCCUCGCACCAGGCACCAAAGUCAUGGUCGGCAACAUCACCGUCACUGUAAAGCGCUACCUCUCCGAGGGGGGUUUCGCCCACGUCUAUCUCGUCACCACCUCCCAGCCCAUUCCCAUGCCUUCCUCCGUCACAGGCACCGUCGGUGCAUCUAUGGCCAACAGCGCUACUGCAGAGCGCGGUGAGACCGUCCAUGUCCUCAAACGCAUGGCUGUUCCCGACAAGGCUGCACUUGCAGACGUCAGAAGGGAGGUCGAGGUGCACAAAUUGCUCCGCAACCAAGCCAACAUUGUCCACUUCAUCGAGGCCUCUGCGACAGCGUUACAAGGUGGCGGGUACGAGAUCUUUAUCCUCAUGGAGUACUGCUCGGGAGGCGGUAUCAUCAGCCUCAUGAAUGCUCGUUUGCGCGAUCGACUACGAGAAGAAGAGGUGCUCAAGAUCUUUGGCGACGUCUGCGCAGGUGUCGCCGUCAUGCAUCAUCUCGACCCGCCGCUCAUGCAUCGUGAUCUCAAAGUCGAAAACAUCCUCAUGGCUCCCUCCACCGAUCCUGGCACCAUUCCUGGCUCGCGCUCCACCUCGUCCAACCUCAAAGCCACCUUCAAGCUGUGCGAUUUUGGGUCCGCUGCGCCUGUUCUCUCACGCAAGCCCGCAAGGAGCAUGGACGAAGUCAAGCGCGUCGAAGCCGAUCUCAACAAGCACACCACUUUGCAGUACCGGGCUCCUGAGAUGGUCGACGUUUACCAGCGCCGUGUCAUUGACGAAAAGGCCGACAUUUGGGCUCUCGGUGUGUUUCUCUACAAGCUCUGUUACUACACCACUCCAUUCGAAGAGAACGGCGGCGGACCAUUGGCUAUCCUCAACGUGCAGUAUCGCAUCCCGCCACAGCCCGUCUAUUCCGAUCGUCUCAAACAGCUCAUUCACUCGAUGCUCAAGGAGCAGAGCACCGAUCGCCCCACCAUCGAUCAGGUCAUCAUCCACGUUCAUCAGAUCCUCGGCACACGCCCUCCACAGGCCGCACUUCACUAUGCAAACGCAGCUGCCAGCGGAAAGAUCGCCACGCCUCUACCCACGGUGUUCCGUGGAGCCAAGGUGCCGUCCGCUUCCGAUGCGCCACCGUCUUUGCCCGGCAGGUCGAAGCCUGUCGGCGGCAUCGAUGCCAACCUCAUAUCCAUGGGACCUUCCAAGAAGGAGCUCGAAAAGGCCGAAGCACGCGAGCUCGAGCUGCAGGCGCAGAGCAUCACGCCUAUGCGAAGGGGCAGGCCUAACAAGCCAGCAGCUAGCAGUGUGGACUCGCCCGUGAGGAGAUUCGAAGAAGAGGUCCCCAAGGCCAGCUCCCCUGCACCAUCGAAAGCAGAGACCUCGACCAAACCCGCGCCUCUGUGGAGCGUGCCUGAGAAGCCAGCUUUGUCCGUCAAGACGGGACCUCUGAUCGAAGGAUUCGGCGACUCUUUUGCGCCGGUUUCGAGCGACAGCAACGCCGAGAGCUCGCCUGUCGUCUCGAAGCGAUCCACGGAAAGCCCGCCCGUGCUGCCAAAGCGACCGUCGCCCUCCUCUCUCUCGCCUGCAGCGAGUGGCGAGACUACAGACCGACCUCUGGACAAGAACCUCCUCCGUGCUUCCUCCAACGGCCCUUCACCUGCCCUCUCGCCGCUUCGGCACAGCCCCGCUCUGCCCGGGUUCAACGUCGCUCCAAGCCCUAUCUCUACACCUCCCCCUCCAGCCACGACCUCAAGAGACGCACCUGCGCCAGCGGCGGAACAAAAGAGCGGAACACCGCGCGACGAGCUCACCGACCGAUUCCCCAGCCUGGAGGAUCUCGAUGCCAAGUACGCCACUCCAGCGUCCAUCACCGCGCCUGUGUCGAGCUCGUCCGAUUCGAGUGCUCCUACAUCCGCGCCGUCCGGCACCCGCAAUGCCGUCAACGUGCCUGGCCUCGCCAACCGCGCCAGCGUCGGCGCCAUGGCUGGGCGCUUCGAGCGACCGUUCGAGCCGCAACGAGUCGGUUCGGGCCGAGCACCGCUCCACAAGUCUGCCACCAUCUCUGGCUUCUCUACCGCGGACAGCAAACCUCGUGCAGGCAGUGUGUCCAAGCGCUGGCAACCUUCCAUCAUUGCGCAUGAUCAGAUCGGCCAGAGCAAGGACUCUAAGCCUCCAAGCGCGCCGUCGGAUAGCAAGGCACAACCCUCGAAAGACUGGCUCACUGGCGACGUGUCAGAUGAGGACGACACCAAGCCUGCGGCCCGCGCGCAAGACAAGGAGACAGAAACAAAGAUCUACGCGACCAAGCCACAAGCUCCGAGCAACGCGAAAAAGCAGCUCGACGCCGGGGAGGAGAUCGACGUGGACGAGCCUUCGUCAGACGAAGGCGAGGCUGGACCGGAGGAAGCGGUUGCGCAGCGACCCAAUCUUCCGCCGCGUCUGGGCGCCGAUCGGCUCUCCUCCUUCCAAAGCCGUGCUUCCGCGUCGUCCGCUCCAUCGCAGCCAGAGUCACAGGAGCAGAGCACCGACAGCAAGACGAGCAAGCCCGAACGACCGCGCAUCACCGCCGGUCGGGUCAAAGCUCCCUCCUGGCUGGUCGACGCGGUCGACUCGCCUACCGCCGCUGAACGUCUCAUGUCCUCCUCCUCCAUCACAAGCAUCGGCAGUGGCGGGCUUGGCGGGUCGCUCAAGUCGCCCGCAGCGGAACUCGUUUCGCCGAUCACGGACGUUACAGCAGCAGAGCAGCUGGAUGAGGCGGCGCGACAGGCGCAGGAUCAGCUCGAGGCGCUGCUGCGUGGACCGGCUGACGAGGCUCCUACGAAGGAAGAGGAGGUGGACGAGCAAAGCCCGACGCUGCCCUCAGUGGUCAAGGUCAAAGCGCCCGCGUGGGACGAUGACGAUGAGGAGGACGAGAAGGAGAUGAGUGCUUUGCCAAAGCCCGAUCUCCAGACUGGUCGAUCGAACGGCACCAGCGCAGAGGAGCGCAAGACCUCGCCUCCCGCUGUCGCGUACGCUCCUGUCCUUCCCGCCAACAAGCCGUCCUCUUCGAGCGUCGCCUCGCGGUGGAACCCCUCCCAGUCACAGGCGCAACCUUCGCAGCGAAAGGACCUCGUGGAUGCAGCUACGUCGCCCGCAUCCAUCCCGUCGCCCGUCGAGUCGGUCAAGGACAAGUUCGGUUCAUUCUCGAUCACCCCUGCGUCUGAAACGGAGCCAGAACGUCAUGCACCGACUGCCAUGCGUCCGUCGAGCAUCGUUGCGCAGCGCUCGCAGCAGUACGCCUCUCCCGCUGCCCAAGCUUCCGAACCGGCGGUGAUUCAGCCGAAGAGACCGACGCCUAUCCGUCCAGCAAAGGGCUCGCACCUUAGGGGUUACAGCGUGUCUACCUCAGGUGCUGGCGGUUUGAAGCCGUGGGAGCGGGAAGCAGCGCAGUCUGCAGCAGCAUCCAAGGGGGCUAUUGUCAAAAACUCUGCCCUCCCCGCUGCCUCUACUACCCGCCUCCACGGACGCGAAGAUGAACAGGAGGAUGCACCCCGCAAUGGCGCCGGGGGAGACGAUGAGCGGUUCAAAGGCGUCUCAUCGCUCAUCUCGCGCUGGCAGCAGAACGUCGAGUCUAACGCACCCGGCUGGGGCCGCAUCGGCAACGGUAGCACAGAGGACAAGGCUGGGUUGGGCCAAGGGCUAGGGCCGAAGGUCGCUAAUCAGGCCGCUGGGAUGGUCCGGGAUAGGAACGGCGCUAAGUAG